AUGCAGAGUGGGCUCCCAAAUGGCACCCCCGCCCCGCCUGUCACGGCGCACGAUGCGACACACACUGACGCCGUUUUGGAGCUUUCAGAUGGCACCGCAUUCCGUGGAAUUAGUUUUGGUGUAGAGGGCAAGAGUGUCGCUGGCGAAUGCGUCUUCCAGACCGGCAUGGUUGGAUACACUGAGUCGCUGACCGACCCGUCGUACGAGGGACAGAUCCUGAUCCUCACCUACCCUCUCAUCGGCAACUACGGCGUGCCAGCACGCCCAGAGACCGUCGAUCCUGAGAAGAUCCCACACGAGUUCGAGUCUUCCCGCAUUCACGUCGCCGCCGUGGUCGUCGGAUACUACUCCGAAGACUACAGCCACUUCCUAGCCGGGUCGUCCCUCGGCCAGUGGCUCAAGGAGAGCGGUGUGCCAGCGAUCUACGGUGUGGACACACGUGCUCUCACCAAGAAGCUCCGCGAGAAGGGUUCCACACUGGCGCGCAUCCUGGCGCGCAAGCCUGGUGCCCAUGCUACUCAUAUGAGGACCUUGAGCGUCGAAAGCGCCUCGCGCGCGCCCUCGCCUCCGGGCUUGUGGAGAGACGACUACGCGGACAUUCCCUUCAGCGACCCUAACACUCAGAACCUGGUCGCGGUGGUCUCUACCCCGGUUGCUCGCGUCUACAAGCCAGUGGUCGAGCCCCGCAUGCACCCUUCCGAAAAGCGUCCUCUCCGUAUCAUUGCGGUUGACGUUGGUAUGAAGUACAACCAGAUUCGCUGCUUCACGCACCGCGGCGUUGAGCUCAAGGUCGUCCCUUGGGAUUACGACUAUCUGUCGCCCUCUGAAGAAAAGUUUGACGGAUUGUUCAUCUCGAACGGCCCCGGCGAUCCUACCAUGGUCAAGCCUACUAUUGAGCGGCUCCGUCGGGUCAUGCAGAAGGCGGAUCGCCCCAUCUUUGGUAUUUGUCUCGGACACCAGCUACUCGCGCUCGCGGCUGGUGCUCAGACGUCUAAGAUGAAGUACGGUAAUCGAGGACACAACAUCCCAUGCACAGACGCCAUCAGCGGCCGCUGCUACAUCACCAGCCAGAACCACGGCUUCCAGGUUGACACUGCGACACUGCCCGAGGGUUGGAAGGAGCUCUUCAAGAACGCGAAUGAUGGCUCCAACGAAGGCAUUUACUGUGUUGACAAGCCCUUCUUCUCCGUGCAGUUCCAUCCCGAAUCGACACCUGGUCCGCGGGACACCGAGUUCCUCUUCGAUGUGUUCAUCCAGAACAUAGUCGACUGCGCGACUACCAACUCUCUCGUCCCCAUCUCGAUGCCCGGCGGCACCAAGGAGGAGAACGAGAAGCGCAUACCCCGUGCAGACGUGCAGAAAGUGCUCAUCCUCGGCUCUGGUGGCCUUUCCAUCGGCCAGGCCGGCGAGUUCGACUACUCGGGUUCGCAGGCGAUCAAGGCACUCAAGGAAGAGGGCAUCUACACCAUCCUCGUGAACCCGAACAUUGCGACGAUUGCGACGUCCAAGGGUCUCGCGGACAAGGUCUACUUCCUUCCCGUGACGCCUGAGUUCGUGCGGAAGAUCAUCCAGUACGAGAAGCCCGACGGCAUCUACGUCACGUUCGGCGGGCAAACCGCGCUCAACGUCGGCAUCAAGCUCAAGGACGAGUUCGCGGGCUUCGGGUGCAAGGUGCUCGGAACCCCGAUCGAGACGAUCAUCAUGACCGAGGACCGCGAGCUGUUUGCGAACGCCAUGGCGGAGAUCGGCGAGCGCUGCGCGCAGUCGAGCACCGCCACGGCGCUCGACGAGGCCCUCGCUGCCGGGAACGAGAUCGGCUACCCCGUCAUCGUGCGUGCGGCGUACGCGCUCGGCGGUCUGGGCUCUGGCUUUGCACAAAACGACGACCAGCUCAAGGCGCUGUGCAGCAAGGCGUUUGCGACUAGUCCGCAGGUGCUCGUUGAGAAGAGUAUGAAGGGCUGGAAGGAGAUCGAGUACGAGGUGGUCCGUGAUUGCAGGGAUAAUUGCAUUACGGUCUGUAACAUGGAGAACUUUGAUCCUCUCGGUAUCCACACCGGAGACUCGAUCGUCGUCGCUCCCUCACAGACGCUCUCAGACGCGGACUAUAACAUGCUCCGCACGACCGCGAUCAACGUCAUUCGGCACCUCGGCGUCGUCGGCGAGUGCAACAUCCAGUACGCGCUCAACCCGACGUCGAAGGAAUACUGCAUCAUCGAGGUCAACGCGCGUCUGUCGCGUUCCUCCGCGCUUGCGUCCAAGGCGACGGGCUACCCACUCGCGUUCAUCGCUGCGAAGCUUGGCCUCGGCAUCCCGCUGAACGAGAUAAAGAACUCGGUCACGAAGGUCACCAGCGCAUGCUUCGAGCCGAGCUUGGACUACUGCGUCGUGAAGAUCCCGCGCUGGGACCUCAAGAAGUUCCACCGUGUCAGCAGGCUGCUCAGUUCCAGCAUGAAGUCGGUCGGCGAGGUCAUGAGCAUCGGUCGCACGUUCGAAGAGACGAUCCAAAAGGCCAUUCGUGCUAUUGAUGAUCAGUUCCUGGGCUUCGCCAAGAAUGACUUCGUCGAGGAUAUUGACGAGGAGCUCGAGAACCCUACCGAUAAGCGCAUUUUCGCCAUCUCGACUGCCUUCCAUCGUGGUUAUUCCGUCGAGAAGAUCUGGCAGAUGACCAACAUCGACAAGUGGUUCUUGACUAAGCUCGAGUCGAUUUACAAGACUGAGAUCAAGCUUACCUCCUACAACGUCUCGACGAUCACCCCAGAGGUGCUUCGCCAGGCCAAGCAACUGGGCUUUUCUGACCGUCAGCUUGCCAGCUGCAUGGGUUCGAACGAGCUCGCUGUGCGCCGACUCCGCCAGGAAUACAUUAUUGCGCCCUUCGUCAAGCAGAUCGACACUGUCGCUGCCGAGUUCCCGGCAUUCACGAACUAUCUGUACACGACCUACAACGCAAUUGAGCACGACAUCAACUUCGACGACCGUGGUGUCAUGGUGCUCGGCUCAGGUGUCUACCGCAUCGGCUCGUCCGUCGAGUUCGAUUGGUGCGCUGUUCGGGCCAUUCGCACCCUGCGCGACAACGGCCUGCCUACCGUCAUGGUCAACUACAACCCUGAGACGGUCAGCACCGACUAUGACGAGGCCGAUCGCCUGUACUUCGAGAACAUUAGCCUUGAGACGAUCUUGGACAUCUACGACGUCGAGGGCUCGCGUGGCAUUAUUAUUUCCAUGGGUGGACAGACCCCGAAUAACAUUGCGCUCCCGCUGUAUCGCCAGAACGUCAAGAUUUACGGUACCUCCCCUGAGUUGAUCGACACGGCCGAGAACCGGUACAAGUUCUCGCGUCUGCUCGACGAGAUUGGUGUCGACCAGCCCAAGUGGAAGGAGCUCUCGAGCUUCGAAGAGGCGCACGCGUUCUGCGAGUCCGUAGCCUACCCGGUGCUCGUCCGCCCGUCCUAUGUACUCUCUGGCGCCGCCAUGAACGUCGUGUUCAGCCCCGACGACCUCUCGAGCUACCUUUCGCAGGCGACAGCAGUCUCGCGCGACCACCCGGUAGUGAUCUCGAAGUACAUCGAGGGCGCGAAGGAGAUCGAGAUGGACGCGGUCGCGAAAGACGGCAAGAUGAUCAUGCACUACAUCUCGGAGCACGUCGAGAACGCGGGCGUGCACUCUGGCGACGCGACGCUCAUCCACCCGCCGCAGGACCUGGACCCGGAGACGGUGCGUCAGAUCGAGGAGGCGACGGCCAAGAUUGGCAACGCGCUCAACGUCACCGGGCCGUUCAACAUCCAGUUCAUCGCGAAGAACAACGAGAUCAAGGUCAUCGAGUGCAACCUUCGCGCUGCGCGCUCGUUCCCGUUCGUGUCCAAGGUCACGGGCAUCGACGCGAUCGAGAUGGCGACCAAGGUCAUGCUCGGCCUCUCCGUCGAGCCGUACCCCGACGCGGGCCUCCCGUCAGACUACGUCGGAGUGAAGGUGCCGCAGUUCUCGUUCAGCCGCCUGUCCGGUGCCGACCCCGUGCUUGGUGUCGAGAUGGCUUCCACUGGCGAGGUUGCGUGCUUUGGACACGACAAGUACGAGGCGUACGUCAAGGCGCUCAUUUCUACCGGUAUCGUCCUCCCUAAGAAGAACAUCCUCUUCUCGAUUGGCGGAUACAAGGAGAAGCUCGAGCUCCUGCCCUCGAUUGCGAAGCUGCGGGCCGCGGGCUAUGAGAUAUUUGCAACGUCGGGCACCGCUGACUUCCUGACGGAGCACAACAUCCCUUGCAAGUACCUCGAGACGCUUCCAGAGGACAGCAACGAGAAGCAGAAGGCUGAGUACUCGCUCACGCAGCACUUGGCGAACAAUCUCAUCGACAUGUACAUCAACUUGCCGUCGAAAAACCACUAUCGCCGUCCCGCUAGCUACGCAAGCAAAGGUUAUCGCACCCGUCGUAUGGCCGUCGACUUUGCCGUGCCGCUCAUCACGAACGUCAAGGUCGCGAAGAUCCUGUUCGAGGCUCUCAUUCGCCGCCUCUCUCUGGAUGUCUCGCCUAUUGACUACAAGACAUCGCACAGCACGUAUACGUUUCCCGGACUCAUCAACGUGUCUGCGUUCGUCCCUGGCCUAACCGAGCCAACGCCCGCAGAUUUCAUCGAGGCGACCAAGGCCUCCAUUAGUGGCGGCUUCUCUACCGCGCUUGUGCUACCCUUCGGCCAGAGCGGACCUACGGCUGACGAGAAGAUGUUCGAGUCUAUUCGGGCGAACGUUGCGUCUAGCGCCUUCUGCAGCUACGCUUUCAGCAUCACGGCUACUCCGUCGAACGUCAAUGUGCUCGAUGAGGAUCUUCAGGCGGAUGCCAAAUCUCUGUUCAUCCCCUCUGACUUCACGGACAUGGCCGGAUUGGCUGCGCACUUCAACGCUUGGCCGCCGAACAAACUUAUCGUCACGAACGCCAAGGGUGCGCACCUCGCGCCUAUCCUCCUCCUGGCAGGUUUGCACAAUCGCCCCGUCCACGUCACGGACGUGCAGCACAAGGACGACAUGCUCCUCAUUUCGCUUAGCAAGGGCAAGCAGCUGAAUGUCACCUGCGAUGUCUCUGUGUAUUCGCUGUUCUUCGCUCGUGAGCAAUUCGGCGGUGUCGACUGUCUUCCGAGCGUGGAGGACCAAAAGGCGCUCUGGAAGAGCUUGGACGCAAUCGAUGCUUUCUCGACUGGCAACGUCCCGUUCCGCCUCGCAAAAGCCCUUGGCAAGGAGGCCAGCGCAUGGUCUGGCGUCGAGGAGGCGCUUCCUCUGCUCCUUACCGCUGUCUCUGAGGGCCGUCUCUCGCUCAAGGAUGUCCAGCUGCGUUUGCACGACAAUCCUAUCCGCAUCUUCGGCCUUCCCGACCAGGCACAUACUCAUAUCGAGGUCAUCGUCGGCAGGAAGACUAAGGCGUCUAGCGUGCUCGGCAAGAAAAGCAAGGCCUGGUCUCCUGCGGAGUCGCGUGUCCUCGAUGGCGCAGUACAUCGUGUUCUCGUCCACGGCCAGACUGCUUACCUCGAUGGUGUCCUCAACGUCACCCCGUUGGGUCGUGAUGUCUCUAGCGCAGUUAUCGUGCACCCCACCAGGGAACGAGCCGCCUCGAUCUCUUCCGUUGCUCCGCCUAAGCCAGAGCUCUCCAACUUAUUCACUAGUCCCCCGCUGCCCAUGCAGCAGCUGCCGCCCGCACAGCCGGUCUCAGCUCUGUACGGUCCACUCAACGCUCCUUCCAUCUUGUCGCACUUGACACCCCACCCUGCGUUCCACCGCAAGCACAUUCUCUCUGUCAAGCAGUUCACGCACAAGGACAUCCACGACCUCUUCUCUCUUGCGCAUGAGAUGCAGCUGCAGGUUGAGCGGAACGGCAUCCUCGACAUCCUCAAGGGCAAGGUCCUCUGUACGAUGUUCUACGAGCCCUCAACGCGCACUUCCUCCUCAUUCGAUGCUGCGAUGAAGCGCUGCGGUGGUGAGGUCGUCCAGGUCAACGUCGACACUUCUUCCGUGCUCAAGGGCGAAACCCUCCCGGACACAAUCCGCACGCUUGGCUGCUAUGCGGACGCCGUUGUGCUCCGGCACCCCGACGUCGGCAGUGCGCAGCUGGCAGCUAAGUUCUCACCUGUGCCCGUCCUUAACGCCGGCGACGGUGUCGGCGAGCAUCCCACGCAGGCGCUGCUCGAUGUCUACACGAUUCGUUCAGAGCUCGGCACCGUCAACGGUCGGGUGAUCACACUUCUCGGCGACCUGAAGAACGGACGCACGGUCCACAGCCUCGUGACGCUCCUGUGCAUGUACAGCGUGCGCCUGAACUUCGUCGCGCCGGCGUCUCUCGCGAUGCCUGCGUCGGUCGUGUCCGCGGCACGCAAGGCGGGAGUGAUGGUAAACAUGUAUGAGUCGCUCGAGGACUGUCUUGGACAGACGGAUGUGCUGUACGUGACGCGCAUCCAGAAGGAGCGCUUCGCGAGCGAGGCCGAGUGGCUGAGCGUGAAGGAUGCGUACCGCGUUAACCACUCGCUCCUCGCGCGCGCGAAGGAGGACAUGAUCGUCAUGCACCCUCUUCCCAGGGUCAAUGAAAUUGAUCCGGAAGUCGACUUCGACUCUCGUCGUGCAGUCUACUUCCGGCAGAUGCGCUACGGUCUUUUCGUAAGCCUCUCGCUUUCUCUCAUUCAAAGCCCUGACGUUGAUCAUUCGCAUAUCAGAUUCGCAUGGCCUUGCUCGCGAGCGUCAUGGGCUAGAUAUCAUCCCUUUCCCUCUCCUUUCUUUCACAAUCCUCUCUCGCUUGCAAAAAUCUGUCAUACUAUCUUGUAUCGUCUAGCAUCCGAAAGAGAAAGUAACAACACACACUACCAUGCAUUCUAUCAACUAUCUUGGGGAUUUGUCUCUUAG